ACAUGGUCGAAACACUCUCUUCGGCUGUUAUCUUUGCUGCGAAAGCACUUAGUCUCAGAGAUGAAUAGCAGCACUCAUUAUUUCUCACAUGGCACUAUAGCUUUGUUCUGUGGUAAAGGAAUGGACUUUCGUCCCAAAGUUGGGACCUUGCAGGCUUCCUUCAAUGGAAAAUCAGAAUUUCUGAAUCUCCACGUUUACCCUGCUCUUACUUCCAUUGAUUCUUUUCGAUUUCAGGAGCAUGGUUGCAAUGUACUGAAGCUUUCAUUGAAGUCAAGAACUUCCCAAUCGCAAGCAUUGGUGGUGAGGAGCGAUCAUCCUCAAAAUUCUGACUUUCCGAAAUACUAUUCGAAAAAGGAGAAGAAGCCCUUUCCAGUCCCCAUUGUGGACUUGAGGCGGGCUGCCAGGGAGAGGCUUAAGAGCAGGAAGGGCAAGCCUAAAACACCAGUUCCUCCUCCCAAGAAUGGCUUGCUUGUCAAGACCCUUAUCCCAGUUGCCUAUGACGUCUUCAAUGCAAGAAUUACAUUGAUCAAUAAUUUGAAGAAGCUUUUAAAGGUGGUGCCUGUGCAAGCUUGCAGGUUCUGUAAUGAAAUUCAUGUGGGGCCUGUUGGGCAUCCGUUCAAAUCAUGUAAAGGUGCAAAUGCUAACAUUCGUAAGGGUGUUCAUGAGUGGAUAACAAAUGCGACCGUUGAUGACUUAUUCUUACCAGUUGAAGCUUUCCACCUCUAUGAUCGCCUUGGAAGACGCAUUCCUCAUGAGGAGAGAUUCUCAAUUCCUAGAAUUCCAGCAAUAGUUGAGCUUUGCAUCCAAGCUGGGGUUGAUGUCCCAGAAUAUCCCACUAAAAGGAGAAGAAAGCCAAUCAUCCGCAUUUCAAAAAGUGAAUUUGUUGAUGCAGAUGAAAGUGAGCUACCAGACACUGACACUGAAGGACCCAAGAGACCCGUCUUGACUGAAAUACCCGAUUCAGAGAUAGUAGCCCCAUCAGAUGAAGAAGAAACAACCUUGCUUGCUGAGGAAACACUACGAGCAUGGGACCAGAUGAGGAGAGGAGCCAAGAGGCUAAUGAAGAUGUAUCUGGUGAGGGUUUGUGGGUAUUGCCCUGAGGUUCAUGUGGGUCCCAGUGGGCACAAGGCUCAGAACUGUGGAGCCUUCAAACACCAACAACGAAAUGGACAACAUGGUUGGCAGGCGGCAGUGCUCAAUGACUUGAUACCACCAAGAUAUGUGUGGCAUGUUCCAGAUGUAAAUGGACCACCAAUGGAAAGGGAGCUCAGGAACUUCUAUGGGCAAGCCCCUGCUGUUGUUGAAAUGUGCAUUCAGGCGGGUGCUGCUGUGCCAGAAGAAUACAGACCAACCAUGAGGUUGGAUGUUGGAAUUCCCUCCACCAUUAAAGAAGCUGAAAUGGUAGUUUGAUGAGAUGAGUUGAUCUUUGCCCCCUCUUCUUUUCAGUACAAUGUAAAUUGUAUGUAGAAUAUUGGAAUUGAGUGCUGGGAAAAAUUCUUGCAGAUAAUUUGUUUGUACAUAUUACCUUGCUUUUUUCUAUCCCAAAACAAUGCAAAUUGAUCUAAAACAUCCUUUUAUCACCUAACCAUUUUUUGAGACCUCCAAAGAAGAGUAAUUCAGUCACCCUUCCUCUUUGACCUGAGGAAAAAUCUCAUCAAAUGUAACAAUCACUAUCUUACCAUGUCGCUUGAACAAAAAGCUAGAAUCAGGUCUUUGCAGUUAAAGUUCAAUCUUGCAGUUUUUCAUGGAGUGGAGUUUUGCUCUGCUUGAUUGUCUGUUUGGCUUUACAAUUUUUUUGGGGUGCGCGGUUCUCUUGGGUUGCUGCAUACCGUGCCCUUGCAGCGUGUUUUUCUAUACCUGUGGGGUUUUAUUUAUUUAUUUAUAAUUUUAUGCUGCUCCUCUCAGCCGCUCUCCAUCCGGGGGCAUUUUCUGGUUUCCUCGUAUGUAUGGCUGAUGUGUUACUUUAUUCUUUAUAAUUUGGUUUUGUUAUGUGUUGUUCUGUCUUUUGGAUCUUAGUUUAGUGUUUCGCUGUGCUUUGGUCGCCUUGAGUAUAGAUGACUCACAGCCUUCAGGAUAAUGCAGCAAGUGCAACACUCGUGUGCUAUCCUACUUUCAGGGAAGGCCAUACUCCACGCUGCUCAAUUUUCUAAACCUCUGGCUCACACUCAAAUGAGACCGCAAGAGGUUGGCAUGGAGGCCAUUUGGAUUGGACUAUCUGUUCAAUUAAUCUAUUGGCCUUGAUUCUUCCACAUGAAUUGAUAGGUGAGGUGCAUCAAAAGCUAGGAAAAUGCACCUAACUGAGAAUGCAGAUAAGCAGCAUUGCCCCUUUGAGCUCCAAAUAUGGAUUGAAAAUUUUGAUAUAUUUAACAUUUUCGUUUCGCUGGAAGGGUCAAUUUGUUGACCCUUAAAAAGUGGUUAUUGGGUAAUUAAGGCCACAUGCAUAGAGCAAUCCUAUUGCUGCUGCAUGGAAAAAGUCCUAAUGGGUUAACGCCAUAACUUCUUACACUUGUAUGCAUUCUAUUUCUUUCAGCAACCUCAGAUCCCCCACUUUAUUCUGCCCACAAGCGUUCAUAACCGCCUCAGCACACAGACACACCCGCAAAAGAAAAAGACGUACGUCCGGAUAAACGAAGAGACAGAGAAAGCAAGGGAA